AUGGCCGCCGUCAUGGAGGACUACUUGGAGAGCCCCAUGGACGCUGACGACGUCUUCCCUUGCAAAGGCUGCGGAGAGAUCCUAGAAGAGGGCAAAGCGUUCGAACUUGCUGCUUCUUUUCCCCCUCGCCUUCCCUCUCUCUAUCUGCCCUACUCAGUUGCAUGCUGUCCGCUCGGCAUCGUCUACUGUCUUGCCAAUAUCGCCAUGCUAUCCCCCAUGGCAAUGUCACCGGCAGUCUCCAAGUUCAACAAUGCUAACGAGUCUCCUCCCGAUUCAGCCGGCAACCGAUGGCAUCUCAAUUGCUUCCGCUGCAAUACCUGCGGCACACUUCUCGACUCCGACGCGAACCUCCUCCUGCUCGGCGAUGGGUCGCUCAUCUGCAACAACUGCACAUACAGCUGCAGUGCUUGCGGAAACAAGAUCGAAGACCUCGCCAUCCUCACUGGUGACCAAGCGUUCUGCGCGACGUGCUUCCGGUGUCGCAACUGUAAGAGAAAGAUUGAGAACCUGCGAUACGCGCGAACCUCCCAGGGGAUCUUCUGCAUGAGCUGCCACGAGUCGCUCAUGGCAAGACGAAGGAAAAAAUCGAAAGCAGCAGCCCAGGCCAAGUCGCGGGAGAAGGACGGGUCUCCUAUGAUAACCGACAAGUCCUUGCCCGCCCUUCCGCCCAAUGCCAUACCUCCAAAUGCCUUUUCCGACACUCGAGUCGACCCUGAUUCUGAUACACCGACUGAGUUAUCACCUCGACCCCGCCCGGCCUACAGCAGAAACGAUUCGUCGUCCAAGAACAGCAGCCGACCAUCACGCUCCCCUGAACGCCCUUCAGAAAAUGCCAAGGACGGGCUGUCUUUGCCCCCAUCCAACUACCGCAACAAUCGCAAUUCGACAAUCGUUGCCCCAAACAAUCACGCCGGCGACACCAACGGUGGCGAUGACGGCUUUUUCAUCCCGGUGGCUCUGGAUCCGUCACCUAUUUCGAAUACUGCCCCGCGUUCGACGUCGGAAAACUUGUCAGGCGCUCCCAAGAAAGACAAGGAUUAUUUCAACAGCGUUCCUCGAGCUAGCACUGACAAAAAGAACGAUUCCUCGGCUUCAACGCCGCACAUUGCUUUCCAAGAGAAGGGUCGUCAGACUUCAUCCGACUACGAGUCGGGAUCGGUCAAGCUGCCGCUGCGCAAAACAUCAAAGUCGUCGAGAGAUCCUCGCGCAUCAGUCAGCAACGAUGAGAGGACACAAAAGGUGACCGCCGGCAAGCUGUCGCCAUCUAUCGAUGAGUUCAAGUUGCAGGAUGCGCCCAAAAGUAAGAAGUUGGUCAGUCCAAGAAGCGCAUCGCAUUCCGCCGCCAUGACCCCUGAAAGCGGAAGUGCCAAGAGCAGUGACGGUGUUCUGCGCAAAGACAAGGAGCCAUUCCCGAGCUUGCCUUCGUCUGAUUCUCCUCCUCGCAUGGGUAACGGAACCCCGAGAUCGUCCCAGGACUCGAGACAGCGAGAUGAAGGCGAUGUGCGACCCUCCAUGGAUUCCAUCUCUUCAUCUCGAACAGACGUGACGGCCAAGUCCAUCACCAGAAAGGAAUUGCCCACCCGCAACGCUAACGGCAAGACCGUCGGCCCUGCUGGGCGAUCCAACACAUAUGAUGAGACAAGCUCAUCGGGACUUUCCGCUGCCGCGCGCCCGAAUAUGACUGAGCACAAGCUCAGCGACACCUACAUGCAGCCCCGAGCACCCCCGCAACCGCCCGGAGCUCCCGCGAAAACCCCCAAACCUCCCGCAAAGGAUCAGGCGAAUGCGUCAAGCGAAGAGAAGAUUUCGCCCAAGCUACCGAGAUGGAGUGCAGGUGGCGACUUCAGUAUGGACGAGGACAUGGCUAGGAUUCUGGGCACUGACGAAGGUUCUUCAUCGAUACUUCGUCGUGUGUCGAACGCCGUUCGUCAUGGUCGCACCAAUAGCACCGAAUCCAGUCACCCUCAAAUGCCUCAGCACCCUCACAGAGUCACCGGCCACACAAGGAGUAUUAGCGAGACCACCCGUGGUACACCAUCCCCUCGCUGGCCAAAGACGCCCAUCGCUGAGGAUCCAUCGAACCACGAGAUUAUCAGCAGUCCCAUCUCGCUUCACUCGAGCGACGAUCCAGCUCUGCUUAAGCGGCAGCUGCGAAACUCGGAAAACCGCGUGGCGGAGCUCGAGAGGCAGUUCACCUCUGAGAAGGACCUGAAGCGACUGAACAAGACCCUAAUUGAGAAGCGCAAGACCGUCUCGGUAUUGGAUACCCAGACUGAGAUUAUGAUCAGGCAGUUGGAGGUACUGGCUGGAUACGUCGAACGUGCGAAGGAAACGAAGAAGCCUGUGGACCCUCGCGAUCUCGAGGACUCCGCGAUCAAAGAAUUCGUGCAGAAGCUUGAUAAGGUGAAGCAGACUAUGAGCGCCGUUAUCGAGCAGCUUCACGCCGAACGUGACGAGUUGAUCGACGAGAAGAACCAGGCUAUCGCCGACAGAGAUCGUGCUCUGCUCGAGUUUGAGCAGCUUUCAUCCAAGAACGCCCAGCUCGCCGACAUGAAUAACGAUCUCACCCACCAGAUCCAAGAACGCUUCAAGUCUCAAAUCGGGGGCGAACUGAAGUCACCCAACGGUCUAGGCAUCUAUAGUCAAAGCAAGGUGUUCUCUUCAUCUAACUUGAACUUGGCGGACUCCGCCAGCAUGACCACUACACUUGUCCACGAGACAGAGGAACCUGUUGUGGAGGCCAGGCCAACAGUUGUGGAUAUUCGCAAGGGCCAGGUUAAGAAGUUCAACUGGAAAAAGGGAGGCAAGAGCAUGGCGCAGAACGUGGCCAAGGGUGUCAACCGAGCCGUCGUCGCAUUCCAGAAUGAUCGUGAGCGUGGCAUACACCAGCCAGGGCUUACAGGCGACAAUAUCGGCUUGCCAUACAACAUGACCGUCUCUCAGGUCGAAGCCCCGAGUACUCAGCUUCCGAACAACGCCCAGAAAGGUGCACCUUCGCAACAAAGCUUUGGUUUCUUCGGGAAGAAGGCUGCCGGCAAGUCGAUGUCUACAACAAAUGUGGCAACACCCGCAAUUGCGGAGGCACCUUCUACUUUGUUCGGCUCUGACCUCGUUGAGAGAGCCGACUUCGAGCGCCGCACCAUUCCCAGCGUUGUCACUCGUUGUAUUGAGGAGGUAGAGCUCCGUGGUAUGGAUAUUGAGGGUAUCUAUCGAAAGACGGGUGGCAACUCUCAGGUGAAGAUGAUUCAGGAAGGGUUUGACAAGAGCGAGGAUUACGACAUCUCGGACCCCGGCCUCGAUAUCACAGCAGUGACGAGUGUGUUGAAGCAAUACUUCAGGAAGCUUCCAAUCCCGCUGUUGACGUUUGAUAUUUACGACAGGGUGCUUGAGUCCAAUGCCAUCACGGAUAAGACUGAGCGCUGCGAUCACCUUCGCAACGUGUUCGGUUCCAUGCCUGAGCGUCAUCGCGACUGCCUUGAGUUCCUCAUGUUUCAUCUUGCGCGGGUGGCUCAAAGAGAACCCGAGAAUUUGAUGUCUCCCAAAAACCUUGCGGUUGUGUUCGCUCCGACAAUCAUGAGAGAUACCAGCCUCGAGCGAGAGAUGACAGACAUGCACGCCAAGAACUUGGCUGUUCAAUUCGUCAUUGAGAACACCCAUGCCAUCUUCAUCGAUUAA